GUCCGAUGAGCGUGUUUCUUGGUUUGUUUAUGCGAACUUCCAGUUGGGCUUGGCAACAAAAUGAACCAUUUUGAAAUACAGGACCUGCCCGGCAAGGGUCGGGCAAUGAUAGCAACGAAAAGUUUUGCCACCGAUGAGAUUAUCUUCGAGGAGGAGCCAUUCGUAUCGCAUCAGUUCUCGUGGAACACAGCCUACGGCUAUGCAGCCUGUGAUCAUUGUAUGCGACCGCUAGAGACAUUGCUGGAGAACGUGCGACGCUUGGCCAAUAACCAGGCGGUUGCUGUGCCGCUAGUGGAACACGAUCCCACCGCUCUCUGGUUCCCACAGUUUACGCAGUGUGCACGCUGUAAGGUGCGCUACUGCUCUGAGGAUUGCUUGGUUGAGGCACAGAAGCGAUAUCAUCGCGUGGCUUGCAUGGGCGCCUUUCGGGCGGACGAUACACAUCCGAUUAAUGUGCUGAAUGAGACAUGGAAGAAGAUGCACUACCCGCCAGAGACGGGCACCAUAAUGCUAAUUGUCCGGCUGAUGGCCAUGUAUCAGCAGAGCAACAAAAAAUCGGAAUUUCUAGAGCAACUGCAAUCAUUUCAAGCCCUAAUUGUUAAUCGCGAACAGAAGAUUUACCACAAGAUGCUCGGCGAGAAUUUUGAACGGCAAAUGGAGCAACUUUAUACGGCCUUUUGCAAUGCAUUCAAAAGCGAGGAGUUCGCUAUGUUCACUACACCGGAUGCAUUCAAGACACUGAUGGGCAUUUUGGGUACAAAUAGCCAGGGCAUUGCCACCAGCGUGCUGGCCCAGUGGGUAACCAAAGUCUCCGAAUUGCCGCUGCCAGAUGCGGACAAAGAACAACUGGACACGGUCAUUGAUGAGCUCUACGCCAAAGUGGGUGAUUUUGCUGGUGAAUUUCUAAACAACGAGGGUUCCGGUUUGUACAUCCUGCAGAGCAAGAUCAAUCACAGUUGCGUUCCAAAUGCACAGUCCACGUUUCCCUACUCCAACGACAUUGUCGUAUUGAAGGCCGUGGCGCCCAUUGAGAAAGGCGACGAGAUUUGUAUUUCCUAUUUGGAUGAGUGCCAGCUGGAGCGCAGUCGCCACUCCCGGCAUAAAACACUGCGCGAGAACUAUAUAUUCGUUUGUCAAUGUCCCAAAUGCAGAGCACAAGCCUCAGAUCCAGAUGUCACCAGCGACGAGGACGAGGAUGACGACGACGAAGAAAUGGAUGACUGCGAUGAUGACAUGGCCUAACUGCUCAGCAUUUGAUAUGUUACUUCUAUACCCCGUGAUGGGGUAGUUAUCUUUAAUUAAAGCGAUCUAACUCUAACUUUUA